ACACUCGAAAUGACUGGUCGUGGCAAAGGUGGUAAAGGACUCGGCAAAGGAGGCGCGAAACGCCAUCGCAAAGUUUUGCGUGAUAACAUUCAAGGUAUCACCAAGCCUGCUAUCCGUCGUCUUGCCCGCCGAGGCGGUGUCAAACGUAUUUCUGGUCUCAUCUACGAAGAGACUCGAGGUGUUUUGAAAGUGUUCCUUGAGAACGUCAUUCGGGAUGCUGUUACCUACACCGAACACGCUAAGAGGAAGACCGUGACGGCCAUGGAUGUCGUAUACGCCUUAAAACGCCAGGGUCGCACUCUGUACGGUUUCGGCGGUUAAAUUUCACCCGACUACUACUGUUUCUGAACCAAUCGGCCCUUAUCAGGGCCAACACGUAAUUAAAGAAGUAAAGCACGCUAUUGCUUUUAGUAUUUAAAAAGCGAAGUUGAAAUUCUGUUAUAUUAGAAAAGUGCAAGAGAUAUUGCCUUUUCUUUUAUCAAAAAUUUUUAAUAUCACGAUGCCUAGAUUCCAUAUCUACUGAAUAAAAUAUCAGUUUCAUACUUAAAGCACAUGCGUAUGGCAGACGCAGCAAAAAAUGUAAGCCCUUUCCAUAGAUGGUUUACAAAGUUCUCGCCACAGUAACUUCAACGACUGAAACAUGCGUACAGUCUCUUCUUUUCUGUCUUUAUGACAUUGCCAUUAGUUUGCACUUUAGCAUUUGCGAGCCUUGUGAUUAAAUGGUCAGAAGAUUUUACAAUAUACAAAAGAUAUUAACCAUCUAGGAAUCUUUGAAAGUGGGGUAAUAGCAAGCCCUCAGCAACUAUUUAUCUGAAUGAAUUUGCAUACCACAACUAUGGAUAGUUAUUUGAAAGUGUGGCUGCCCACCCGUUGCCCAAUUAGGCUUAAAGAGCACCAGUGAAAAAACGUUUGAGAAAAAUUAGGUGAUGCAGAAUAUAAAAUUGUAGUCGAUUAUGUUAUGUUCUAUUAAUAUUGUGUUUGCUUUUGUUUUUUUUUGUCUCUGAAUGUGUACCCUCCCUCCAUUUUUCUAUUUUCUUGAGAAUGGUUGCCCUUGAAUCACCUUGCAUUGGCUUGACAUUACGCAACAGAUUCCCCAGAGGAACGGAACGCAAAAAUGUGCUCUCUCCCACCAUCCCUAUUGUUUUCCUCAUGGCUUAUUCCGUUUCCUACCCUGCCUGUUGAUGAAAGAUUCUUCCACCUGAGUGCUACACGUGGUAUAAUUUGUCGAUUUUAUUUGCAUCAAUCGACACCUGAAUUGGAGAACUGAUCCCUUUUAGUGUGGACAAUAUUCACAGCAAAUACACCUAAGAUCGGCAAGGGUUAAGGAUCAAUGUCAAUGGUAAUUCA